AUCUUACAUUCAUAAUUCUUCAGUUGGUCAUAUCUUUGAGGCAAUUCUAUAGUAUUAAUCUGAUGUAGAAAAUUUAAAUGAAGUUGAUGGUAAUAAUACAUUGUCUGUUUGUUGAUGACAAGGUUUGGACUUAGUAAAUAGGCGGAGUAGGAUUCGAUUAUGUUCGGAUGUUAUCUGUUUCUGUUUAUUACUGCAAGUUUUCGAUUACUUCUGUUACAUACUUACAUUGCUACCUCAUGGAGAGUUGACAGUUAAUUUUGUGCUAUCAAGUAAUCCUCCUGUAGUUACUGUCAUACGGACUUACGGAGUACAUCUUUGCCUUUGCUCGCAUACAGAGAACUCCCGCAGUAUAUUAGGCUGAUGAGGAGCCUUGCUGUUAAAAUCUACUCAUACCUUUUUGUAGGAAGCUAAGGUUUAGCUUGACUUCGAAAAUUUCCCCGGGUAAAACCGGGGCCGGGUUGGUGACUGGUGAGACUAUACAACUCCAUUAGCUCAGGGACCCGAUGAGUUUAAGGCGGCCCUGCACUUAGUUGUGUGGCAGUGAACAACUAACCAUAUGCAUUUAUUUUGUAAACUAUACAAGUAUUAUAUAAUCUUGCUUUUAAUUAUUAAACUACUAGUCCAUGAUUCAUGAUUGUAAUGUUAAUCUAAAACUUGUAUGUACUUUCAUACAAAUCUCAAGUCAAACUUCUCUUUCUCUUAAUAAUUUAAUAUCAUUUGAGGAAGAACAGAAAGUAGAAUGGAGGUUCAUCUUCCAAAUUUUCCAAAAGAUUUUAAUGUUUCAGAUUUUAUUCCUAAUAUAUACUCUGCAACAACCAUUUUGGGUAUUCUAGCUGCUGCCUCAACCGCUGUUUUCUGCCUCACAUGGAUUCUAUCAGGGAAAGAGUACAGCAAGGGUGAUUCCAGAUAUUUGUCUUUUGAUUCAACAAUAAUAGCUUUAGAAGCAAUUUCAAUCUUCAUAUUUGGUCCAGCCAACCUUUUAGCUGCGUAUGCCUUAGCAACACACAAAUCCUAUAGAUAUGCUAUUCAAUUGGUUGUAUGUUCGAUGGAGUUUUAUAGUGUUGUUAUAUAUUAUAUGACUGUGUUCGUAGAAGGGAAUCAAGUUUCAGCAAGUCCAUAUUACUUCUAUGCAUACUUUAUUCUAGCAAACUCACCUUGGGUAAUAGUACCGUCAAUUGUAAUAAUCACAUCUUGGAGAAAGAUCUGUGAAUUUGAUGGUACUAAUAAGAGCAAAGUCCAGUGAAAUCAAUUGGCCUUUGAUCAUAUUUAGAGUUUGUUUGACACAAAGUUGAUCGAAUUAAAUUGUGAUUUGAUGAUCAUAAUAAUUACUCUCUCCAUUUCAUAAAACAUGUUUACUUGUCUUACUACUAUAAUAAAAAUCCAACAUAAUUUUGGGUUUGUUUA